GCGCCAGCGAGGACAUGGCAGGGAUCGCGCGUCCCCUUUAAAGGUUCCGGAGCCGGGCUGGAAAGGGAGGAAACCCGGGGCGGCAGGGACUGAGGGGGAAACCCACAAGCUGCCGAGCCUAGAGGAGGCAGCGUGAGAGCAGAAACUUCAGACGCUGCAGCCCCCGGCGGAGCUCGGGCGAGCCUCAGCAGCAGCAUCCUCCCGCUUGCUUUUCCCCACCAACUCGCAGCCGCCUGGAGCUGCCUCUCCGAAGCUUCCAGGAGCACCGGGGUGAGAGCAGCCACCCCGGGAAGUUUGGACUGCAGCUUGGUUUGGAGGUGCGUUCCGCGCGCCCCAGUGGAAGCAGGACCCGGGGCGAUGCUGAGUGCUGCGCCGGGCUGGGGGCGCCCGGAAGGCGCGCGUGCAUCCGCGGUCCUGUUGCGGUCCCCGGUGCUCUCCGCAUCCCGCGAGUGAUGGGCACAAGGGCCCGCCCAGGCAGCCGCUAUCGCCGUACCGCCCCUUCGCUCCCUCCUGGCGCACGGAGUCACCCAGGCGCACCCCGUGAACCUCGAGACUGUCCUCUCCAGCUGCCGCCGCUACCUUGACUGCAAUCACCGCCAGAGGGGGUGGCUGGCUACGGGACUGGCUCUCUCCUGUAGACGGAGGAGCACUUUUUUGGGGGCCCUUCUUCUUCUUGUGUUCUCACACCCCAACUUUGCAAUCGCCGCGUAGCGGCGCCCGGGCACACGUAGUGGAGGCGCACGCCGGGAGGCUCAGCAGGACUGUGGAGGCAGGAAACCGCACAACUGCGCCUCCGUUUCGGCUCUUUGUUGUUCGCCUUGGAUGAUCCUUGAAAGUGGCUGAGCCUCCUCGGAAACCCAGGGGCCAGGGAAGCCAAACCUUGGAAUUUUCCUUUGCAAAGGGCUCUGAGGGAUUGACAAGCCUCCGGAGAGGUCGACGGAAAAACUGCCCUGCAAACUCUUGGCGGAUUGACUCACGUUGCUUAUAUUAAGCCUUUGUGUGUAGGGUGUAUGGUGUGUGGCUUCCAUAAAUUUGGAGAUCCCCGCUUCUGCUCCCUUCUCUUGGCAUGAGACUGUAUGCAGGACCCACCCGAGGACAAUGAUCGCGGAGCCUGCUCACUUUUACCUCUUUGGAUUAAUAUGUCUCUGUUCAGGCUCCCGUCUUCGUCAGGAAGAUUUUCCACCUCGCAUUGUUGAGCACCCUUCGGAUCUCAUUGUCUCAAAAGGAGAACCUGCCACUUUGAACUGUAAAGCUGAAGGUCGCCCCACACCAACUAUCGAAUGGUACAAAGGCGGGGAAAGAGUGGAGACAGACAAGGAUGACCCUCGCUCACACCGGAUGUUGCUGCCAAGUGGAUCUUUAUUUUUCUUACGUAUAGUACAUGGACGGAAGAGUCGGCCCGACGAAGGGGUCUACAUCUGUGUAGCGAGGAAUUACCUUGGAGAGGCUGUGAGCCACAACGCAUCGCUGGAGGUAGCUAUACUACGGGAUGACUUCAGACAAAACCCUUCAGAUGUCAUGGUGGCUGUAGGUGAGCCUGCAGUAAUGGAAUGCCAGCCUCCUCGGGGCCAUCCAGAGCCCACCAUCUCCUGGAAAAAGGAUGGCUCACCCCUGGAUGAUAAAGAUGAAAGAAUCACUAUACGAGGAGGAAAGCUCAUGAUCACGUAUACCCGUAAGAGCGAUGCUGGCAAGUACGUUUGUGUUGGCACCAACAUGGUGGGCGAACGCGAGAGUGAGGUUGCAGAGCUCACUGUUUUAGAGAGACCAUCAUUUGUGAAGAGACCCAGUAAUUUGGCAGUAACUGUGGAUGACAGUGCAGAAUUUAAAUGUGAGGCCCGAGGAGACCCCGUGCCUACGGUUCGAUGGAGGAAAGAUGAUGGAGAGCUGCCUAAAUCCAGAUAUGAAAUCCGAGAUGAUCAUACUUUGAAAAUUCGGAAGGUGAUGGCUGGUGAUAUGGGAUCAUACACUUGUGUGGCAGAAAAUAUGGUUGGGAAAGCUGAAGCAUCAGCCACUCUGACAGUUCAAGAGCCUCCCCAUUUUGUUGUGAAGCCUCGUGACCAGGUUGUUGCCUUGGGACGAACUGUGACUUUCCAGUGUGAAGCCACUGGCAACCCUCAACCGGCUAUCUUUUGGAGGCGAGAGGGGAGUCAGAAUCUGCUUUUCUCGUACCAGCCACCACAGUCAACCAGCCGGUUUUCAGUGUCCCAGACUGGGGACCUCACUAUUACUAAUGUGCAGCGGUCUGAUGUUGGUUACUAUAUCUGUCAGACUUUAAAUGUUGCUGGAAGUAUCAUCACAAAGGCAUAUUUGGAAGUGACUGAUGUGAUUGCAGACCGGCCUCCCCCAGUCAUUCGACAAGGUCCCGUGAAUCAGACGGUAGCAGUGGAUGGCACUUUAGUCCUCAGCUGUGUGGCGACAGGCAGCCCAGUGCCCACAAUUCUAUGGAGGAAGGAUGGAGUCCUUGUUUCAACCCAAGAUUCUCGGAUCAAACAGCUGGAGACUGGCAUGCUGCAGAUCCGCUACGCUAAGCUGGGUGACACUGGCCGAUACACCUGCACUGCAUCAACCCCCAGUGGUGAGGCCACGUGGAGUGCUUACAUCGAAGUACAGGAGUUUGGAGUUCCAGUUCAACCUCCAAGACCCACCGACCCCAAUUUAAUCCCCAGCGCCCCCUCAAAGCCUGAAGUCACAGAUGUCAGCAAAAACACAGUAACUUUAUCGUGGCAGCCAAACUUGAACUCAGGAGCAACCCCAACGUCUUAUAUUAUAGAAGCCUUCAGCCAUGCAUCAGGUAGCAGCUGGCAGACUGUGGCAGAAAAUGUGAAAACAGAAACAUUUGCCAUCAAAGGACUCAAACCUAAUGCAAUAUACCUUUUCCUGGUGAGGGCAGCUAAUGCAUAUGGGAUUAGUGAUCCAAGCCAAAUAUCAGAUCCAGUGAAAACACAAGAUGUCCCACCAACCAGUCAAGGGGUGGACCACAAGCAGGUCCAGAGAGAGCUGGGGAAUGUCGUCUUGCACCUCCACAACCCCACCAUCCUUUCUUCUUCAUCAGUGGAAGUACACUGGACAGUGGACCAGCAAUCUCAAUAUAUUCAAGGAUAUAAAAUUCUCUAUCGGCCAUCUGGAUCCAGCCAUGGUGAAUCUGAGUGGUUAGUUUUUGAAGUGAGGACCCCAACCAAAAAUAGUGUGGUGAUCCCUGAUCUCAGAAAAGGCGUCAACUAUGAGAUUAAGGCUCGCCCAUUUUUUAAUGAGUUUCAAGGAGCAGACAGUGAAAUCAAAUUUGCCAAAACCUUAGAAGAAGCACCAAGUGCCCCUCCCCGAAGUGUGACUGUGUCGAAGAAUGAUGGAAACGGUACGGCAAUCCUUGUCUCCUGGCAGCCACCUCCUGAGGAUACUCAGAAUGGAAUGGUUCAAGAAUAUAAGGUUUGGUGUCUAGGUAACGAAACUAGGUAUCACAUCAACAAGACAGUUGACGGCUCUACCUUUUCGGUGGUCAUCCCCUCGCUGGUUCCUGGGGUCCGCUACAGUGUGGAGGUGGCAGCAAGCACAGGGGCUGGUCCUGGGGUCAAGAGUGAGCCUCAGUUCAUCCAGUUGGAUUCUCAUGGAAACCCCGUGUCUCCCGAGGACCAAGUGAGCCUCGCUCAGCAGAUCUCGGACGUGGUGAAGCAGCCAGCAUUCAUCGCGGGCAUCGGGGCAGCCUGUUGGAUUAUCCUCAUGGUCUUCAGCAUCUGGCUUUACCGGCACCGCAAGAAGAGGAACGGGCUCACCAGCACGUACGCGGGCAUCCGGAAAGUCCCGUCCUUUACCUUCACACCAACAGUAACUUAUCAAAGAGGAGGCGAAGCCGUCAGCAGUGGAGGGAGGCCGGGACUUCUCAACAUCAGUGAGCCUGCCACACAGCCUUGGCUGGCAGACACGUGGCCCAACACUGGCAACCAUCACAAUGACUGCUCCAUCAACUGCUGCACAGCGAGCAAUGGGAACAGCGACAGUAACCUGACAACCUACAGUCGCCCAGCUGAUUGUAUAGCAAAUUAUAACAGCCAACUGGAUAACAAACAAACAAAUCUGAUGCUCCCUGAGUCAACUGUUUAUGGUGAUGUGGACCUUAGUAACAAAAUCAAUGAGAUGAAAACCUUCAAUAGCCCAAAUCUGAAGGACGGGCGUUUUGUCAAUCCAUCAGGGCAGCCCACCCCCUAUGCCACUACGCAGCUCAUCCAGGCCAACCUCAGCAACAAUAUGAACAACGGCAGCGGCGGCGGUGGGGACUCCAGCGAGAAACACUGGAAGCCUCCAGGUCAGCAGAAACAGGAAGUGGCACCCAUUCAGUAUAACAUCAUGGAGCAAAACAAGCUGAACAAAGAUUAUCGGGCAAAUGAUACAAUCCCCCCAACCAUUCCGUACAACCAGUCCUAUGACCAGAACACAGGAGGUUCUUACAACAGCUCAGAUCGGGGCAGUAGUACGUCUGGGAGUCAGGGGCACAAGAAAGGGGCACGGACACCGAAGGCCCCCAAGCAGGGCGGAAUGAACUGGGCAGACUUGCUUCCCCCUCCCCCAGCGCAUCCUCCCCCACAUAGCAACAGCGAAGAGUACAGCCUGUCCGUAGAUGAGAGCUAUGACCAAGAAAUGCCGUGUCCUGUGCCGCCCGCAAGGAUGUAUCUACAGCAGGAUGAGUUAGAAGAGGAGGAAGAUGAAAGAGGCCCCACCCCCCCUGUUCGGGGGGCAGCUUCUUCUCCAGCUGCUGUGUCCUACAGCCAUCAGUCCACAGCCACGCUCACCCCUUCGCCCCAGGAAGAACUCCAGCCCAUGUUACAGGAUUGUCCAGAGGACCUUGGCCACAUGGCCCACCAACCAGACAGGAGGCGGCAGCCGGUGAGUCCUCCCCCACCACCACGGCCAAUCUCCCCGCCUCAUACUUACGGCUACAUUUCAGGACCGCUCGUCUCAGACAUGGAUACAGAUGCUCCAGAAGAGGAGGAAGACGAGGCCGACAUGGAAGUGGCCAAAAUGCAAGCCAGAAGGCUCUUGUUACGUGGGCUUGAGCAGACCCCAGCCUCCAGUGUGGGGGACCUUGAGAGCUCUGUCACGGGGUCCAUGAUCAACGGCUGGGGCUCGGCCUCCGAAGAGGACAACAUUUCCAGUGGGCGCUCCAGUGUUAGUUCCUCUGACGGCUCCUUUUUCACUGACGCUGAUUUUGCCCAGGCCGUGGCUGCAGCUGCGGAGUAUGCCGGGCUGAAAGUUGCUCGACGCCAAAUGCAGGAUGCGGCCGGCCGCCGCCAUUUCCAUGCCUCUCAGUGCCCUCGGCCCACGAGCCCUGUGUCUACAGACAGUAACAUGAGUACUGCUGUAAUCCAGAAAACCAGACCCGCCAAGAAACAGAAACACCAGCCAGGACAUCUGCGCAGAGAAGCCUACGCAGACGAUCUUCCACCCCCUCCGGUACCACCACCUGCUAUAAAAUCGCCCACUGUCCAGUCCAAGGCACAGCUGGAGGUACGGCCUGUAAUGGUGCCCAAACUCGCCUCUAUAGAAGCAAGAACAGACAGAUCGUCGGACAGAAAAGGAGGCAGUUACAAGGGGAGAGAAGCAUUGGAUGGACGACAAGUCCCUGACCUGCGAACAAACCCAGGUGACCCCAGAGAAGCACAGGAACAGCAAAAUGAUGGGAAAGGACGGGGGAACAAGGCGGCAAAGAGAGACCUUCCUCCAGCCAAGACGCACCUGGUCCAAGAGGAUAUUCCACCGUACUGUAGACCUACUUUCCCUACGUCAAACAACCCCCGAGAUCCUAGUUCCUCAAGCUCAAUGUCAUCACGAGGAUCAGGAAGUCGACAAAGAGAGCAAGCGAAUGUAGGUCGAAGAAACAUGGCAGAAAUGCAAGUUCUUGGGGGAUAUGAAAGAGGAGAUGAUAAUAAUGAAGAAUUAGAGGAAACUGAAAGCUGAAGACAACCAGAGAGGCUUAUGAUAUUAAUGUGAAAUCAUCACUCCAGAUGCCUCACGUCGGAUGACACACAAUGCCAGAUGAAGUGUUCCGUGCAAUCAGAAUGUACAAAUUGUCAUUUUUAUUCCUCCUAUUGGGAUACCGUUUUUUAAAAAAUGUCUUGGGUUUUUAUUGUUGCUGAUUGAUUGUCUAAGCCUUGAUGAACCUCCCUCUCCCCCCUCACUGUUGCGACCGUUACACUUGACUUCCAGCAAGAGAAGUGUCUUGACUGCUUGCUUCAGCCAUCAGCCAGCAAGAAAGAUCAGAGCAGUUCUUUUGCAUUUUGCCCCUGAGAUAUGGCAUUGCACUGCUUAUGUAUCAAGCUAAUUUAUAGCAAAAUAUUGAUCAAACAUAUCAAGGUGAUGAUCCUCAUGCCAAGGGCUCUCAAAAUAUAAUAUAUGACCAACUGCUAAUGCCAAUUAAAGCAUACUUCAUUUUACAUGAUUUUAAGGUCAGUCUUUCAUAUCACCCUUUGCUGGGAGAAACUAAAAACUUAUCAAAUACAGAACUACAGAUAAUUUGAAUGGGGUAGACGCAUUGUAAAUAUAUACUCUUUGCAACUCCUGGUGGUACUUUACUUUGUCUUCAUUUCAAUCAGUGAAAUCUAUUCUUCUUGGAAAUGUACUUUUGGAUAAGUAGGGCUAAGCCAGUUGGACCUCUGGUUAUCUAGUCAUUGUCAGAAGUAAGCCUAGCAAAAAUCUUGUUCUAUUUUUCAAUCAAAAAGCAACUACAAAUGCACAUUGCAAGCAAGUGGAUGUUUUUAAUGACCAAUUGAGUAAGGACAUCCCUAUCUUAACUGGCCUAAAUUUCUUCUGGUAGUGUCAGUUCAACUUUCAGAAGUGCCACUUAAGGAAGUUUGUUUGAUUUUUUGUUGUUGUUGUUGUUUUUGUAAUGCACUGUUUUUAAUCUUUUUUUUUUUUUUUUUGGUUUUAAAAGCACAAUCACUAAACUUUAUUUGUAAACCAUUGUAACUAUUAACCUUUUUUGUCUCAUUGAAGAAACUGUUGAGAAGUGUUUUUAACCUGUUUUGUUAAUGCUCUGUGUUUGUAUUUGCAAUAUUUGAAUGAUAACAGCUGGUGAGGUCAUGUGCAGACUUUAUUGUGGGCUGUGAACCAAAUGGUUCCAAUUUUUCCUGGACUUUAAGAAAGAAAAAAAAAAAAAGAAGUGUUAAGUUUGUUGUGGCCAAUGUUGAAUCUUAUAAGAUUUCCUUAGAAGCUCAUCAGAGGCAUUCCUACUUAGAAUUGCCAAGUGAUGCUCUCUGACUGUAGAGUUUUAUGAUUUUUUUGACAUUAUAUGGAUUUCAUUGACUUUAUAAUUGGUGCUAUUUGAAGAAAACAAAAUGAACCUUUAGUCAUACGUAGGUAUCAGGCCUGACCCCACAAAACCAAACAAAACUAAACCACAAAAAAAAGGCUGGUAUUCACCAAAAACUAAGUGUGUUCAUUUAGGUAAUUUGAAAAAGUCCCAUAGAAAGGGUGUGCAGUACUAAGGGAACAAUCCAUGUGAUUAAUGUUUUCAUUAUGUUCAUGUAAGAAACCUCUUAUUUUUAGCCAUAAUUUUGCAUACUGAAAAUUCAAUAAUCAGAAAAGUAAUUUUGUCACAUUAUUUAUUAAAAAUGUUCUCAAAUACAUCAUUCUUUCUUGCGUUGAUUUUUUCCAUUGUGUGAUUAUCAGAUUUAUUCCAUUAAAUCACAAAGUUGUUUUGUCUUAACAUUUCACCACUAUAUUAUCAAAAGAAUAAAAGUUCUCAAUUUGUUUUAUGAGCAUGCAGGUUCUGCUUGUAAGCAAAUCUCAUUUCAAAUAUGUGGGCUAAAUGGAAGAUGAAUCUUAAGUUGAAGUUAGCUGUGUUACUCAGAGACUAACUCUGGGAGACAUGUGGUUUUUGUUUAGAUAUGUAUGUCUGAAUUUCAGUUAGCCUAUUCCUAAAAUAAUCAGGACUCAACUACAAUUAACCUCAUUUGUAAAGUUUUAACCACCUAUGUUCUGUCAGUAAGAGAAAGUUUAUAAAUUCCAUUGCUUGUCAGUAAACACCUGCUUUCUAGUUUCAGAUCCAUGUUAAAAAUUUGGGUACCAGUUAUAUACCAGGUUCUACAUUAUGAUGAAUUAAAUCGCCAUAUUACAGAAUUUCACUUGAAUGGAUGAGAUGGGUACCAUGUCUUGGAAAUGUCAAGAUCGGCAGAAUAUACUGGGGUUUGAAAACACAUACACACACACACACACACUACAUCUAAAUUUUUCUUUUACCAAAAUUUUUGUGUUUACCAGAAUUUGAAAAGCUGAAGAAAAAGAAUUGGAACAAUGCGGGGGGUUGGGGGGGAUGAUUUGGAAUUUAAUUCUAUAAAAAUGAAGUAAUUAUCAACAUCUACUUAAUAUAUGAACAGACCCACAGGUCAAGGAGCCAGUUUCUAAGCUAUUUUGAAAAAAACAAAGCACUGGAGAGACAUACGCAAUGAAUGAUUUUUCUCUUCUCCUGGGUGGGUAAACGCCAGAGAAACCACUGUCUCUCUUCUGUGUUACAUGCUGCAGUUCACACACAAAACCUGUGCGUCGGGCCUGCAUCUGAAUCCUAGCUUUGUCAUGGCUGUGUUUGCUUGGACAUGUUACUUACCCUCAAAGCCUCAGGUACUUCACCUGUAAACCCAAUGACACCUACCUCAUGGAGCUACUGUCAUGACCUAGUGAGUUAAUGUACCGGCUAUGGACUCUGUCAACUCCACAAACAGUAGACAAUGUUGUUAUGCUUAUGGACUGAGUUUCACUACACAUGCAGUCCCCAUUCUUCGUACCUGAUUUGUUUCCCCAAAGUUUGCAUGAAAGUAAAAAGAAUAAGUGUGGUAUCGGGAUGAGGGUGCUUCUGUUUUCUGGUAAGUAAAAUUCACUGUGAAAUCCCCUCUUGGGGAGUAAAUGCGUGGUGUUCUGGUUUGCUUCUUUGCUUUUGGAUGCAAGGGCAGUAAAUGAGUUGGUGGAAUUGUAUUUCUGGAAUUUUCGUAUCACAGUUGGUAAUACAGACAUGUCACUUGAGAUCUCAAUAAAAGGAUUUGGUGUC